AUGGCAACCCAAAUCCAACAAAAGCUCCAAGACAGAAAUGCCGGAUAUGCAAACACUUUCAAUCAGAGUCAUCUUGCCAUUCCCCCUGUGGAGAAAUAUCUUGUUCUGACCUGUAUGGAUGCCCGUAUCGACCCCUCCUCCGCCUUUGGCAUCUCCCUUGGAGAUGCCCACGUAAUCCGUAAUGCCGGCGCCAGCGCCCGCGAUGGCUUGCGCUCCAUUGUCAUCUCGCAGCAGCUGCUAGGAACCCGCGAGAUCCUGCUCAUCAAGCACACGGGCUGUGGCAUGCUGACCUUCACCAACGAGCAGGCGCAUGCUCUUGUUGAGAAGAAAUUGGUGGAGAGUCACAGGCAGAAUGGAACUGGCGCUGCGGAUGGCGGGUGUAGGGUGCUCGAGGCGCUGAAGAGGGAUAUUCCGGAUUUCCAGCCGUUUCCACUGCUUGAGGAAGCGGUUAGAGAGGAUGUUAGGUGGCUGAGUGAGCAGGUGCUGGUUACGCCUGGGAUUCCAAUUUCCGGGUGGGUGUAUGAGAUUGAGACGGGGAAGGUGAGGAAAGUUGUGUAG